AUGUGCAAAGCUACGAUUACUGAUGGGAAUAUCCAAGGAAACAACUUAACACGACUUAAUCCGACAAAACCCACGUUAGUGUCAUUUUUCUCCCGACCAUUGCCUCAGCGUCACGUCGAAGGCGAAGGUAUACGCCGGGGCACCUGCUUCACCGCUCUUGAAUUCUUCCUCCCGAUCGUAAAUUUAGAAUUUAUAGCUAUGGCUUCCUCUAUAGUGAAUAUGCCAUUGAAUGUUGGAACAAUUAGGGGUUUAGAUUGCCGGACUUAUGGAAAUCUCAAAAAUACCCUUCCGAUUCAGCCAUCAGCCUCUACUUUGCCACAUAGGCGUAUGCUUGUAUUAAAGGCUUCAAUUAAUGAUGGGCCCAUGAAAAAGAUGGGUAGGAGUGAUGCCGAAUGUGAAGCUGCUGUUGUUGCUGGAAACAUCCCUGAAGCACCUCCGGUGCCAGCCACUCCUUCAUCGCCAGCUGGCACUCCGGUGGUUCCUUCACUUCUUUCUACUUAUCACAUUAUGUCUCAGAAACCACAGGUUUUGUUGGCAGCUAUCUAA